UCGGUGCACGAUAAACCUGUGAAUGGUCGGACGCCAUUACGUUACGUGCUGACGACUUCGUGUACGUGUACAAUAAAAAAACAGGCGAAAAAAGAACGAAACGAACACACACACACAGAUAUAUAUAUAUAUAUAAAUAUAUGUAAGAUACACAGGGCGAGAAUUGUCAAAAAAAUAAUAAAUAAUCGUGUUGAUGUCGCUACGAUAAUAGGUCAAGAAGGACAAGCCACAAAAAAAGAAAUACAAAACAAAAACAAAAACUGAACGCAAGAGGGGAAUAAAAAGACGAAUUCAAGAUUAAUAUCUUUCUGGAGUCGAUCAGCCAAUUGGCUGGCAGUGCGUCCAACAAUAUGCAGCUGGUAAUUUCGACAGUUUGCCUGGCGCUGACCAGCGCCGUAAUUGGCAACGCCUAUCUGCAAAAGCAACAAUUCUAUCCAGCCGUUGUCUACAUCACCAAAUCCAAUGCAUCCAUGGCAGUAAUCUACAUACAAUUCUUUGUGAUAGUCUUCAUGUUUGGCAAACUAUUGCGCAAGAUAUUUUUGGGCACGCUGCGUGCCGCUGAAUUUGAGCAUUUGCUGGAGCGUUUCUGGUAUGCAUUGACGGAGACGUGUUUGGCAUUUACCGUAUUCCGCGAUGAUUUCAAUCCGCGAUUUGUUGCACUCUUCACAGUGCUCCUAUUCCUCAAAUCAUUCCAUUGGCUCGCCGAGGAACGCGUCGAUUUUAUGGAGCGUUCUCCUGUGCUUGGCUGGCUGUUUCACAUCCGCGUUGGCAGUCUGCUGACCAUGCUGGGCAUCCUCGACUAUGUGCUCCUCAUGCAUGCCUACAAUUCGACGCUGGUGCGUGGACCGACGGUGCAGUUGGUGUUUGGCUUUGAGUAUGCGAUUCUGUUGACUGUGAUUGCGAGCACAACAAUUAAAUAUGUGCUGCAUGCGGCCGAGAUGCGAACGGAUACGCCCUGGGAGAAUAAAGCCGUAUUCCUGCUCUACACGGAGUUGGUAAUUGGGCUGAUUAAGGUCGUGUUGUAUCUGCUGUUUGUGGUGAUUAUGGCCAAGAUUUAUGCGCUGCCCAUGUUCGUCUUCCGGCCCAUGUUCUUCACCAUCCGCAAUUUCCGGAAGGCGCUCAACGACGUGAUCAUGUCGAGACGCGCCAUCCGCAAUAUGAACACCUUGUAUCCGGAUGCGACGCCGGAGGAGUUGCGGCAGUCGGAUAAUAUCUGCAUCAUUUGCCGCGAGGAUAUGGUCAAUCAUUCGAAGAAGCUACCCUGCGGCCACAUCUUCCACACGACGUGUCUGCGCUCCUGGUUCCAGCGCCAGCAGACGUGUCCCACCUGUCGCCUCAAUAUCCUGCGCACCCCGGCCAUCAAUUCGAUGGCCAUGCCGCGUGCCGAUGACGCAGCCAAUCCGGCUGCAGCUGGCGGAGCGGGAGCGGUGCCAGCAGGAGCAGCAGUACCUGGCGCAGCUGGAGUAGCACCUGGAGCAGCUGCACCUGGCGCAGCGGCCGGUGAAGCUGUGGCAACUGCAGCGGGCGCAGCUGGAGCAGCUGCAGCGCCAGGCUUGGAUGCACAUACAAAUGGCGCCGUGGCACGCAAUGCUGGAGCGCCCAAUUUUGCGGACAUCUUCGGCGAUGCCAGUGGCUUAUCCAAUCUGGCUGGUUUGCCUCCGCCGCCGCCUUUGCUUUCACCAUUUAUGAUGCAAUCCCCAUUUGGUUAUUUUACGCCUCCAGUUGUGCCGCCACCGCCCAUGCCCCUGGAUCUGACCAGGUUCAACGAGGAGGAACUGCUCGCCAUGGAGGGCAAUCUGCGACAGCAUAUCGAAGAGCGCUUAAAGAUGCUGCGCAAUAUAUCGCUCAUGGUGGACUCUGCCAAUCUGCUAAUGCAGCAAUAUCAGCUGCUGGUGGCCCGAUUGCCACCGCCAGCAACAACGACAGCAACAACAACAACUCUUCCGGCAGCAGUCGCAGCAGCAGCAGUUCCAGUGAAUUCCAGUCCAAAUCCUGUCUAUGAUGAACCAAGCACAUCGAGAGCAGCUGCAGCAAAAGUGGAGCAGACAACGCAUCAUCAGCUUAGUGCUGCUGCUGUAGCUGCUGCUCCGAGUAGUGUUGUCUCUGACCAAGUUACUAUCGAGGAUCUGGGCGCUGAGGAUGAUGAUGAUGUGGAUGUGGAUGUGGAUGUUAUGCCAUCCACAGCAGACAACUGCGUCAACGUGGACAACGAGGAGAGCACAGAGCUGAGUGAGUUGCGAAAGAGACGCUUGAAAUUUCUGGAGGAGCGCAACAAUUCACCAACAACAACAACAACAACCACAACAAUAACAACGACUACGAGUAGCGAUAAAACAGAUUAGAAUUUGUGGAACUGAAUUGAAAACAAUAGCAAAAAAAGAAAGAAAAAGCAGCCCAGCUCAUCCUCAGCCUCAUCCGCAUCCUCCCCAGCAAUCAAAUUAAACUCGAUGUGUAUUCUAUGAAUGGAUAUUGAUUUAAGCUACCAAACAAAUAUCCUGGCGAUGUAUGAUUUAUGAAUACGAUGAUAUAUCUAUAUAUAUGUAGAGAGAGAGAGAGCGUGUGGCGUGCAAAAAUUCAAUAUAUAUAUAUAUAUAUAUAUACACAAUCUCGAGUUCAUAUAUAUAUAUAUAUAAAUAUUGUGUAAAAAUUAAUUUAGAUAUGGGGAUAAACUGAAAGAUUUAUAUUUAAAAUAUUAUUAUAUGUGUAUAAUUAAUGUGAAAUAUAAUUAAAACGAAAAAAA